CCGUCUCCCGGAGCCCCGAGGGGCGGGCUCAGGCGGUCAGCGGGCAGGAAGGAGCAAUGGCGGCGGUGGCUCAGUGCGUGCGGGCUGCGCUGCGCCCGCGGUACCCGCUGCUCAGCUUCUCCCUGAGGACUUCUCCACGACUUCUUUGUGUAGCAACACAACAGAAAAAUAGUGGCCAGAACUUUGAAGAGGACCAAAGUCAGAGCCAAAAUGAGCAGAAGGUUGAAUCCAGCUCCGCUGAAAAAACAUUAACUGAAGAAAAGGCCAAACUGGAAGAACAACUGAAAGAAGUUACUGACAAGUACAAGAGAGCCUUGGCAGAUGCAGAAAAUGUGAGACAAAGAAGCCAGAAGUUGGUAGAAGAGGCAAAGUUAUAUGGGAUUCAGAGCUUCUGUAAGGACUUACUAGAAGUUGCAGACAUUUUGGAGAAAGCAACAGAAAGUGUUCCAAAAGAAGAAAUCAAGGAUGAAAAUCCUCACUUGAAGAGUUUAUAUGAAGGUCUUGUUAUGACAGAAGUACAGAUUCAGAAGGUGUUUAAAAAGCAUGGCCUGCUCAGACUGGAUCCUGUGGGAGCCAAGUUUGAUCCCUAUGAACACGAGGCAUUGUUCCACACUCCCAUGGAAGGGAAGGAGCCUGGCACUAUUGCACUGGUGUCCAAGAUUGGCUAUAAGCUGCAUGGCCGUACGCUGCGGCCUGCCUUGGUGGGUGUUGUCAAAGAUGCGUAGCUGCUUGGUCUGAGAAGUGAAAAUGCCAUACAACUAUUAAACAGCUGGGUGGUUUUUCUUUUACACCAUGCUUUCCUCCUUUCCUCUGCCCCCCUCCCCCCCAAGAGGUUUAAAUGAAUUGGUUGAGGUCUAAGGAAAUGAUGAACUGAUGAAAUUCUCCUGCUUAGUGGCCUUCAACAUCACUGUUCCAUAAGCUUUUUUCUCAAGAGUGAAAUACAAGAGGCAUUGGGUCCUCUCAUACUUUAGGUUUUUGGUCUUUUUUACAAUUACUGCUUCUCAAGGUACAUUAAAUUGAACACAUUUUGCAAUCUCACAUUUAUCAUUAAGUGUAAAUUGGAAAUCCAAGUAUCAGUUCAAACUAUUCCUUUUGUUUUGUAGAAUCUUAACACUGCAGAAGUGGGGGAAAUUAUACAGAUUACCUGUUUCCUGCAAGUGUUCAUCAGCUUUUACACACUGAUGUGAAAAAUGCCCUUUUUUUGUCUACUCUGAAAUAAUCUCAACAACUGAAAUUGUUAUCUUUGUGAAUUGUGACCUGUAAAUAAAAGACAAUGGAGAGUAGACAUCAUUUGUAAUUAUUUAACCCUUUUUGUUCUGUACUAAUGUUGACGUGAGAAAACCAUCUAAUACUUGUAUGGCAUUGAAGAACCAAUAGAAUUUAUCCUUUCUCUGGAUUUUUAAUUUAAUAUUGUAUAAAUUGGUUUAAAAUUUGAUAA